AUGAUGAUGUCCGAAGAAGAGAAUACGACCAACGUGUAUGGAAACAGAGAAGUUCUCAAUGAUCAACCAUCACUUCUUGCUGAUGAGGGUGACGAAAUCAACUUGAAUUCGGAAACUGUGCCGUCGAAGCUUCGUCUGAGUGAGGAGCCGACUAUCGUGGAUUCCAAAGAUAUUACGAAUAUUGAGGAUCAUCGUUUCGAGGAUGAUAAGAAUGAGAAUCGAUUUGCUCAAAUCUCGCCCGAGCCACCAGCAAAUACAUUCAUCAUCAUUAUCAAAGAUUUCGAGAAACGUGGAGAAGGUAUCAACGCCUACAUCGUCUACAAGAUCCAAACAGAGGUUGAGGGUGUUGUCGGAUAUACAAAGAAGAAUUACGAAGUUUGGCGUCGCUUCUCCGACUUCCUCGGUCUUCAUGAGAAAGUCGUUCAGAAGUACUUGCCGAAGGGGGUGAUCAUUCCAGUACCACCUGAGAAAAGCAUUGCCGCAUUGACAAAGACAAAGAACGCUGACCCAUCGCAUUCGAGAGAAGUUGGAAUUCGUCGCGCAAGACAGCUUGAAAGAUUCAUCCGCCGCCUUGUUCAGCAUCCGAGAAUUCGCACUGACUGCGAUGUUCGCGAUUUUUUGACAUUAGAGACGGAACUCCCAAAAGCUGUUCAAACGUCGACUCUUUCAAGCGCUGGUGUGAAAAAGAUGAUCAAAAGCUUUGGCGAUGUGUUUUCAAAGAUGGCGUUUCAUAUGGAGGAAGGGGACCGCUGGUUCGAACAGAUUCAAUCGCAAGUCGACGAAUUGGAUGAAGCUCUCAGACGCCUUCACCACAUUGCGGAAUCGAUGGUCGCGGCGAGAAAAGAGAUGGCCUGCAGCGGAGAGCAGCUAAGCAAGGCUUUGUCUAUGUUGGCCGCUUGUGAGGAAUCCACUUCGCUCUCUCGCGCUCUUUCAUCUCUCACUGACACCACGGAAAACGUGUCCAUGAUUUGGCAGAAGCAAUCGGAAGCAGACAACGCCAAAUUUGCCGAGGCGAUUGGAGAAUAUGUAUCUCUCGUUGGCGCUCUGAAGGAUGUGUUUGAGGAGCGUGUUCGUGCCUGGCAGAAUUGGCAGAAUGCUCAGCAAACGUUGGCUCGUAAGCGCGAUCAGAAGACCAAACUUGAUCUCUCUGGACGUUCUGAGCGCUCGGAGCAACUCAAAAAUGAGAUCGAGGAGACUAUCACUAAAAUGGAUCAGCUUGAAGCUCAUUUUGGCGAUUUGAGCAAAAGUAUUCGCGAGGAAGUGGCUCGAUUUGAGAAUGAGCGCAAAAAUGACAUGAAGAAAAUCAUCAUUGAGUACCUCGAGACUCUUGUCGACACUCAUACUGAGCUUCUCUCUGCCUGGGAGAAAUUCGAGCCAUCUGCGAAGAACAUUCAAGUCUAA